GUACAAAUAGUGUAUUGUAAUGAAAUCCACCAACAUGGAGUCCUGUUCGGACCGUUUGAGUCCUUGCAGUGAUCUGACAAGCGAAUCCGAAACCUCCCUCCCGCCAUUUCCUUACGAUAAUCAAAUUAAUAAUUAUUACACGCAAACAGAAGUUGGAGGAAAACAUUUAUAUUCAUGCAAACAAAAAAACGAAGAGAAAAAAGACUUUAUUCAAGAAAAUAAUAAAUUAUUCGAAAACUACUUGACUGGAAAGAAACAUUUGAUAUUUGAUGUCAAAUUACCAUCGACACAAGAAAACUUUUUUUCGCAAAUCGAAGGCGAAGAUAGGACGCGUUCGGGAUAUUUUAACGAAAUACAGAAUAUAAAAAGCUGCGUUCAAAAUGAGAAUAAUUUAAAUAUAUCAGACGUGGAAGUUGCGCCGGCAGUUAAUUACGAAAAUGUUAAUAAUGUUUUAAACGAUAGAGAGCGAGUUCCGCCAUCUUUUUUCGCUGAAAAUGAAGAUAAUAAUAUGGUUGGUUGUUUUAGUUUUAAUUCUGAACAAGUGCAGUGCGUCUGUGAGGCAUUGCAACAAAGAGGUGAUAUAGAAAAAUUGGCGGCAUUUCUAUGGAGUUUGCCGCCAAAUGAACUACUACGGGGAAAUGACACCGUAUUGAGAGCACGUGCCUUAGUAGCGUACCAUAGAGGUGUGUUUCAAGAGCUCUAUGCGAUCCUAGAGUCGCACACUUUCUCACCAAGACACCACUCCGGUCUACAAGAUCUGUGGUACAAAGCACAUUAUAAAGAAGCUCAGAAAGUACGCGGACGGCCAUUAGGUGCAGUUGACAAAUAUAGAUUAAGAAAAAAGUAUCCACUGCCGAAGACGAUAUGGGACGGCGAGGAAACUGUUUACUGCUUCAAAGAGAAAAGUCGGAAUGCGUUGAAAGACUGCUAUUAUAGAAACAGAUACCCCACACCUGAUGAGAAGAAAGCUCUCGCUGCUAAGACAGGUCUGACCCUCACGCAGGUCUCGAACUGGUUCAAGAAUCGACGUCAGAGGGACAGGACUCCGCAGCAACCGAACAGACCUGAAAUGUUAGUGCCUGCGCAAUACGUCGGGCCUCAAGGAGGUUUGUCACAGACUUUCCUACAAAAUCCAUAUUAUCACAAGCUGCAAGACGCAUCUCAUUAUCUUCAUGGCGGUGCAUCCUGA